AUGACUAUGUUAAACAUCAGAUUAAUGUUUUUGCUAGUGCUCAUUUCCGUAGCAUUUGAUCAAUUCGUUGUCAAUGCAUCGCCCGUUGCGUAUAAGCGAGAUAAUAGUACAAGUGAAGUACCCGUUCCAACAGCGUUGGUCGAUGACUUUAAAUUAUGGGCUCAAUUUGCCAGUGCUGCCUAUUGCAACGUGACAAACUGGGAUUGCGGGAAGGCUUGCAGAGGAGACACGGCAGGCACUCGCUUGAUUAAAUUCUUUAACAAAUCCAAACCAAAUGACAACAACGGUUUUGUUGCAGUUAAUGACAAGUUUAAAUCUAUUAUCGUCGCUUACCGAGGCACAGCAGACGUUCCGUCGUUUAUCAGUGAUCUCAAAUUUCUUGAAACACCCUUUCCGGGUGUUCCUGGCGCCAAGGUACAUGCUGGAUUCUUGGCUGUGUACAACGACACCAGAGACGAAAUAACUCAAAUCGUAAAGGAUCAGGUGGCUCAGAAUCCCGGCUACAAUGUCAUUAGUGUUGGUCACAGUCUUGGAGGAUCGCUGGCUCUGUUUCAGACUUUGGACUUACUUGACACACCUGGAUUGUCGCCCGAUCAAUUGAUGACAUUCACAUACGGUCAACCGCGCACUGGGAACGACGUCUUUGUCAACCAUGUCGAGUCUCUGCCGAUUAAACUCUAUCGUCUUGUGAAUAAGAAUGAUCUCGUUCCUCACCUUGCUCCCGAAUCAUUUGGGUAUGCUCACACCGCACCAGAGUUCUGGAUUAAUCCCGAUAAUCAAGUGGUGGAAUGUCAACAACUUGGUGGCGAUAAUUGUUCUGCCUCGCAAAAACCAUUGAAUCUGACUAUUCUUAGUCACGCAAAGUACUUUGACACUGCAUUCUUGUUAACAUGUCUUGUUAAAUAG